AAGAAGUUAAUACGCAUAGAGGUAGAGAGAGUCAUUAAAACCAAUGAAGCGACAUUCACAAUAAUUCGAAAAGGAGGAAGACGAUUUACAUACGGCCAGGCUUGGCUUCCUUUUCUACAAGAAUCAUCCUUCUCCCAACACACUCCCUUCCAAAUAAAACUUACCUUUCUUUUAUUAUCAUCAUCAUCGGAGUUCGUGACGAAGAACAAGAUAAGAAGUCUAUUUAUAACCAUGCAAUCUCACGACAAGAACCACCACCAUGGCCGAAUCCUCCGGUAAUUCCGACAGUAACCGUUCUGUUCCUCCAACUUCAGCUAUGGUGAGAAAGAGACUAGCUUCCGAGAUGUCUUCAUCUUCCAACCACCGUCCUCCUCCUCCCCCUCCUCGCCGUGACUCCAACUACAUCAUCACUUCCCCACCACCACCACAAGAGACACCACCUGUCUCCGUCUGUAACUUCUCCGGUCUACCGGUUUUUCCUUCCGACAACAACAACAGAACAUCUAUGUCCGUACAACCAACAGAACAACAACAACAAGACUCUUCUUCGUCACCUACGGUUUGGGUUGACGCUAUUAUCAGAGACUUAAUCAACUCCUCAGCUUCUGUCUCUAUCCCUCAGCUUAUCCAAAACGUUAGAGACAUUAUCUUCCCUUGUAACCCUAAUCUCGGCGCUCUUCUUGAGUAUAGACUCCGUUCUCUUAUGCUUCUUGAUCCUUCUUCUUCCUCCUCUGAUCCUCCUCCUCCUCUUGACUACCAUCCUCCUCUAACACAACAACAACCACAACAGCCUCCUCCUCCUCCACCUCCUGCUCCGGUGAUUCAGCAAGAAAAAGAGAACUCUCCACCUCCACCGCCUGAGACGGUGACAACCACCACGGCGGAGGCGUUAAGAGAGAGAAAAGAAGAGAUUAAAAGACAGAAGCAAGACGAAGAAGGUUUACAUCUUCUCACUCUCCUCCUACAAUGCGCUGAAGCUGUCUCUGCUGAUAACCUCGAGGAAGCAAACAAACUCCUCCUCGAGAUCUCUCAGCUCUCAACUCCCUACGGAACAUCAGCUCAGAGAGUAGCAGCUUACUUCUCAGAAGCAAUGUCAGCUCGUUUACUCAACUCCUGUCUCGGCAUCUACGCGGCGUUACCGUCGCGUUGGAUGCCGCAGACGCACAGUUUAAAGAUGGUCUCCGCGUUCCAAGUGUUUAACGGGAUAAGCCCUCUAGUAAAAUUCUCGCAUUUCACGGCAAAUCAAGCGAUUCAAGAAGCGUUUGAGAAGGAAGAUAGUGUCCACAUCAUUGAUUUGGAUAUCAUGCAGGGGCUUCAGUGGCCUGGUUUGUUUCAUAUACUUGCUUCUAGACCUGGUGGACCUCCUCACGUGCGUCUCACGGGGCUUGGGACUUCUAUGGAAGCUCUUCAGGCUACUGGGAAAAGGCUUUCGGAUUUUGCUGAUAAGCUUGGUUUGCCUUUUGAGUUCUGUCCUUUGGCUGAGAAAGUUGGGAAUUUGGAUGCUGAGAGACUUAAUGUGAGGAAGAGAGAAGCUGUUGCUGUUCAUUGGCUUCAGCAUUCUCUUUAUGAUGUUACUGGCUCUGAUACACACACUCUCUGGUUACUCCAAAGAUUAGCUCCAAAGGUGGUGACAGUAGUGGAACAAGAUUUGAGCCAUGCUGGCUCUUUCUUAGGAAGAUUUGUGGAAGCAAUACAUUACUACUCGGCACUGUUUGACUCCUUAGGAGCAAGCUACGGAGAAGAGAGCGAGGAGAGACAUGUGGUUGAACAGCAGCUACUUUCUAAAGAGAUAAGGAAUGUAUUGGCUGUUGGUGGACCGUCGAGGAGCGGUGAAGUGAAGUUUGAGAGCUGGAGGGAGAAGAUGCAGCAAUGUGGAUUCAAAGGGAUAUCUUUGGCUGGGAAUGCAGCGACACAAGCGACGCUUUUGUUGGGGAUGUUUCCAUCGGAUGGGUAUACUUUGGUUGAUGAUAAUGGGACACUUAAGCUUGGAUGGAAAGAUCUCUCUUUACUUACUGCUUCAGCUUGGACUCCUUGUUCUUAGUUUUUAUUAGUUUUUUUCUCUCUUUUGAUUCACACAAACAACGCCCAUAAAUAGAGUCUUUACCACUUUUUUUGUUUAUGUAAUGAGAAGAGAGGGUUCUUAAGUCAUUUGCUUUGUUUCACUUGGAGGAGGAUCAGUGGAAGCUGGUAGUGACAGAAAGCACAUACAACAAGUCGAACGUUCUGUUGUUGAACUAAGAAUGUGAACAUGUUACAGUACUAUGCUAAAUUGGGAUCUACACUUUUGGUUAUUGGGCUAAUUCAAAUCUGUGUUUCUUACA